CCAUUAAACUCCAUACUUGAGAAGUUAAAUAGUUUGUAUCAUACAUUUGGUUGAAUUUGUUUAAAUAGCCAGAUUUUACCCAUCAAGAUGGUACUACCUUCAGCUAACCAUUUGAGGAUUACACAAUGCAUCUUAAUAUUUGCCAUCUCAGGUUCCCUGUGGUCAGUCACUCCAGCAGGUAUGAGAACCACCCCAACAAACAAAAUGGUAUUCCAGAUGGGCAUAAAGAUCACCAAUCGGGUCUUCAAUGACUCCCUAUUGAAUCCCAAUUCCGAGGACUACAAGAAAUUGUAUGACGAGGUCAGCCAAUUGCUUGCUGAUGUCUACAAGUCUCCUACAUCCGGAACAGCAUCCAUUUAUGAGGGCGUUGCAACAAUGACUUUCAGAAAUGGAUCAGUGAUAGCAAACACUGACAUAGUUUUCAACACAACGUCUAUCAAUGGAAAUGUGGUCAAGUUUGAAUUCCUGAAUCAUAUCGAAGCCAAUCCUUCUGCCUCUCUCCAUAUAGAUACAAAUUAUACUGAAUCAGAAACAGUUAGGGCUCCAACCUCAACCAUAACCACCCCCACCUCAACCAUAACCACCCCCACCACACCUACUACAACAAUAACUCACAUGACUGCAACCACUACUAACCCACCAACAACCACACCAUUGGCUACAAAUACAACUAUGAAAAUUCCAACAACUUCCACCCUAUUGGCUCCAAAUACAACUAUGAAAAUUCUUACAACUUCUACCUCAUUGGCUCCAAAUAUAACUGCGACAAUUCCAACCACAACCACCCUGUUGGUUACAAAUACAACUAUGAAAAUUCCAACAACUUCCACCACAUUGGCUCUAAAUACAACUAUUAACAUUCCUACAAAUUCAACUCCAUUGGUUCUAACUACUUCUACGAAUAUUUCUACAAAUUCCACUCCAUUGGCUCUAACUACAACUAUAAACAUUCCUACAAAAUUCACCUCAUUGGCUCCAAAUAUAACUGCGACAAAUACAACUAUGAAAAUUCCAACAAAUUCCACCACAUUGGCUCUAAAUACAACUAUUAACAUUCCUACAAAUUCAACUCCAUUGGUUCUAACUACUUCUACGAAUAUUUCUACAAAUUCCACUCCAUUGGCUCUAACUACAACUAUAAACAUUCCUACAAAAUUCACCUCAUUGGCUCCAAAUAUAACUGCGACAAAUACAACUAGGAAAAUUCCAACAAAUUCCACCCCACUGGCUCCAGCUACAACUACCAAAAUUCCAACAACCCCAUUGGCUUCAACUACAACAAUGAAAUUUCCAACAACUUCCACCCCAUUGGCUCCAUCUACAAUUACGAAAGAUCCCUCUUUUGACAAAACCACACAAGAUCCAAUUACCGUAGUAACCUUCUCUUCCACUAAAGGCAGCGGAAAGAGAAACAAUAGUGUACUCCCUACAUCCAGUCCUACAAAUAUGUCAUCUUCAAUGACAACUGGUGGUUCAGGAGGACACUACAAGACUAAUACAAUUCAUCCACCCACCACAAGUCAUGGUGCCAGUCCUUCACCUGGGACGGUGGACCCAGAAAAAAACAGUAAGAGACCAAACAUCUCCCCAUCUGGUGGUUUAACCAACCGUCCCCUGAAGCCUUCCAUCGGGCCUCAGUCAAGCACAACAACUAAAUCUAGCACAACUGCCAACGCAGCAUCCAGGGAUAACCGUGGUGGUUUCAGUGACUGGGUACCGGGAUGGGCCAUUGCGCUGUUGGUGUUAGCCGCUGUCAUCCUGCUGCUCCUCAUUAUCAUCUUCAUCAUGAUGGUGGUGCGCUGGUGCUGUAAAAGGUCAGAUGGUCCAUACGCUCAUGAAAAAAAGAGCACCCCCAACAUGGACUCUUUCCCCACAUAUGUCCCCCAAGCCCCUGUACAGGAGCAACCCAAUGGCAAGACCAUUGAGACUAUCCAGGAUGACCCACGAAAGAAGAAAAAAACAGGCAUGUACAUAGUGAACCCCUGAGCAGGAAGAUGUGGAGGUGACAUACCAACAGGCAAACUCUUGUCUGCAGAACAAGAUCUGACAAAGAUGAGCUACAAGCAAAACCAUGUCACAACCUCUGUAGAAACUGUAUAGUUUGUCAGGAAUUUAGCAUGUUAUAUUGGAUGAAAAUGAUCUGAAUGAUUUCAUAUGUUUGUAUUUAUUCCACAAAUCUUGCGCAUAAAUUUUGGGCAACCUUGCUAGUAUUUUUGAACUGUAUCUGAUGUCGUCAUAUUUGACCCUGUUAUGAACACAACCAGCGUCAAGGUGAUAUAUUUUUUCAGUCUGUUAUAUUCUGGCACAAAUAUCUCAGAUGUUUUGCUUUGCAUCAUGUUCAACUGCUCAAUUGUAUAAUGCUGAAGAGGAAUGUUAAAUCAAAUAUGAAAAUCAAGAGUUCCUUAAUUGGUCAGAUAUUUGAAUCGGGAGUUUACAGCAAUGAUGUAUAUGAGCCCUGGAUUGCAGAUGCUAUGUGUUUGCCAUUGACAGGCUUUGAAGCCACCAGUCGGCCAUUUUGGCACUCCCCAGGUGGAACAGUCCUUCAUAGGAAUACAUGGAAUUCUACAGUAUUUCAAUUAAAUGUUUCAGGGACAAAAUGACAUGUAUUUAAAUAUUUGUUUAUUGUUGGGCCAGUAACAUUGGUGAUCUCAAAAAAAUAUACUCUAAAUGUUUUUCUAUAUUUUAUUUGUAUGUUUAGCUCACAUAAUGCAAUGUAAAAGAACACAAUAAGGUGUCUGAAAUAGAAUAGUUGUGGCAAAAACCAAUUUAGAAAUUAAUAAAUUCAUUUCUGUAGCUUCCAAAAUAUAUAUUUUUUACGUUGAGGGAGUGCCAAGAUGGAGGCAUGGUGGCUUCAAUAGAGCCGCCAAAACAGUAUUCUAGUGUAUAUAUAAAUCAUUGGCUAACAACAUGUGCAGUAAUAAUGUGACAUCUUGUGAAAUGGAAAUAGAUGGAGGUCUGAAUCCUAACUUGACUUGAGUGCCCAUUGAUGUCAAUGGAAGAUUUUCAAAAACUCCAGUUUACACGCACAGAUCUCAAGUUAGGAUUUGGGACUUGAGAAUUACACAUGUAAAUAGGAGUACAUUUCUGAGUACUGAGUUUGGAUCAUGUUAUGUACAAUUUAAUGGAAGACUUGUAAAUAAAUGCUGAGAACCAAGACCUCUUCUUCA